UAUCUGGCAACCCUGGCCGCAGUGUGUGUGUGGCAGCGGCGAGAGGCGGGUGAGGAGCUGUCGUCCUACUGAUGAUGUGGCGCUUCCUCCUUCUCUAUUCCCUCUGUAUCGUCUUGCAGCCCACCAAUGGCUACGUCGAGGACUACUACUGCGGGGAAAACAACUGCUAUGAGCUACUCGAGAUCACUCGCGAUGCAACAAAACAAGAGGUUAAGCGGGCCUUCCGAGCUGUUGCAUCAAAAACCCACCCUGACAAGUUUCAGGAUCCAGAGGAAAAGAAAAUUGCGGAAGAAAGAUUUAGAAUUUUGUCAACGGCGUAUGAUAUCCUGCGAGAUGAUGAAGCCAGAGAAGAUUAUGACUACAUGUUGGAUCACCCUGAACAGUUCUAUCAGAAUGUAUACAGAGCGUGGCGAAGACGUAUGGCUCCCCAUGUCGAUGUCAGAAUUGUAUUGGCAGCCACCAUUUCUCUAAUAUCAUUAGUACAGUAUUAUAAUGGGUGGACAAAAUACCAAGAAGCCAUAAAAUAUUUUGCGAUUGUACCAAAAUACCGACUACAGGCAGUGGAGUUGGCCAAGCAGGAGGGACUGCUUGUGACUGACAAGAAGAAAUUGAAAGGAAUGUCAAAAGAGCAGAUCAAAGAGCAGGAGGAAAAAAUAAUUCGUCAAGUUAUUGAGCGGAAGAUGGAUAUUCGUGGUGUCUAUGCCAAACCUACGUACAAGGAUAUCCUGUGGAUACAGCUUGUGUUCCUUCCCUACUGGAUACUCCAGUAUAUAUCUUGGUACCUACGGUGGGUGUGGAAAUUCUGGAUUCUAAAGGAGGAGUAUGGUGAAGAGGAGAAGAUGUAUUUAAUUCGCAAGUUCAUGAGUCUUAGUCAUGGACAAUUUGAAAACUUGGAAGAAAAUGUAAAGGCAGACUAUAUGAAGCAAGAGCUAUGGAUUAAGGACAAUUACGAUGCAUGGAAGGCUGAGCGUGAUGCUGAAAUGAAAAUGAAGAUGGCGCAGUCUGGCCGCUACAAGUCAUAUCGUCGCUACAUGAAAGCUAAUGGCCCUGGUCGUAUGUACUUUGACGACUCCUAAAUUUAACUGGUGCAAUAUUUUAAUAUAUAAAAAUGGAUAGCUUUACUGUUACUUAGUACUGUAAUACCAAGGGCAUUUAAAAGCUUUUUAAGGGCUUUGAUGAUGACUUCAGCUCUGUUGCAUAGUUUAAUAUAGUAGGUUUGUUAUACUGCAUCACAUUAUGUAAGGCUAUUAUAUAUCGUGCAGAAUGUUCAAUUAAUGGUAAAACGGGUGUAUACUCGAACCCAAGAUAAAGUUCUACCGAGGUGUGAUGUGAACUUCCCCAUUACUGUAAGUUCAUAAAGCAUAUUCAAACUUGAGCAUAUACAGUGUAUAUUGUUGCUUAUUAGUUGUGAUAUAAUGAGCCAUCAAGGACUCAACUGUUAUCAUUCAAACACAUCAUCAUGCCAUGGGUCAAAGCUACUUUGCAUUUGUUGAAUAUAAAGUGCCAUACUGACAUUUUUAGUAACAUCAUAAACCAAAUAAAGAAAUUUGUUUUACUGUAUCUCACUAGGAUAGCCAACAGUAAAUUGCUUGAAACAUAGGAAAGUUAUUAUAGAAAUAUGUAAAAGCCCAUUUUUUUUUUUAAUUUUAUCAGUUGUGAAAAUAGAAAAUAUAUUUAGUCAUUAUUAAUAAAUAUUAAUUCCAAGGAA